AUGUCAAACAAAACAGAUAUUGUUUAUGAAAACAAAAAGAAUGGUCUAAUAAUAUUACGUUGUUGUGGUUUUUGGUUACACAAUGUGACAAAAGAGCAAUGGGGAUUAAUACAAGCGAAUAUAAAAAAAGGGGUAUUUUAUCUUGGGAAUUAUUUUGGAAAACAUAUUAAGAGAAAUGAUGUGAUUCUUUUCUAUAUUAAGGACGCAGUGUCUAACUGUGCUGGAUUUGUGGCAAUCGGACAAGUUUGUGAAGAUAUGGAAUUUAAUAAAACAAACGUUCGUGUUUAUGACGACAGAAAUCUUAACAGAUUUAUAACGGAAUUGUCCGUAAUUAGUGUUUUACAUAAUAAAUGUAAAAUGGGGGAUUUAAACAAUGUCAUUAGUUCGGCAAGCACUCCGAUACAAUCAGCAACUAAAUUUUCGUCACAAUUAUUAAAAGGCGAUGGCAUAUUUGUAAAGAUCCCUUAUUCUCAACUAGGGUUGGCAAUUUUAAAAAAAAUCGUUAAAAUAAAUGGUAAAUUCGAUGCACAACUCUAUAUUAAUAAAAAACCACAAAUGUCAAAAAAAACUAAAUUGGUUAGUUCGGAAGAAAUCGACACCGAUAGUGAUAGUGAUAUUAGCAAUGACAAUGAUAGUUAUGUAAGAAUUGGCGAUUGUGAUAGUAAUUUCAACAACAAUGACAGUGACAGUAACAGUAAUAGUGAUAGUGACAGUGGCAGUAAUAGUGACAGUGGCAGUGACAGUGGCAGUAAUAGUGACAGUGGCAGUGACAGUGGCAGUAAUAGUAACAGUGACAGUAAUUACAACAAUAAUGGUAAUAGCGAUACUGGCAAUUGCGAUAACAGCAACAUUGAUGGUUAUUACAAUAACAGCGGUAUUGAUAGUAGUUGCAAAAAUAACAGUAACACUAACAGUAAUUGCAAUAACAGCGAUAACGAUAGCGAUAGCGAUAGCGAUUGUGGUAGUAAACAUAGUGGUAGCAACAGCAAUAGCAAUGAUCGCGACAACGAUUCUGGUAAUUGUGAAGAUGGUUUUAUUAGCAACAAGAGUGAUAAUAAUAGUUCAAAAAGUGUUAAAAGCACAAAAAAACCAAAUAACGGUAAUAGUGAUAUUGAUUCAGGGGAUUUAGAUGACAACACUGAAAUCGACUCCAAAUUCGACUCUGUAAUUGGCUCUGAAAUCGACUCUGAUAGUGAUGAUGUAAAAAUUGUCCCAAAUAUUCCGAUAAUGUUAAUUGUUUGUGAUAAUUUACGUAGGUCUUUAAAAAGGCUCAAACAAAAAAAGAACAAAAUAAAAUCCGUUCUUAAUCAUUUUACAUAUUGCAAGACUUGUAAUAUCACUAAUAAUAAUCCUUACGAGUUUAACCUGACUUUGUCUAAAAUUGACGAAUCGUCAAUAAAAUUUAUUGUAAAUGACUAUGAUAAUGCAUUGGACUAUUAUUUAAAAGGUUUGCCUUAUCCAAAAAAAACUAAUAAGGAAUUUGUAAAAAUACACCUAAUGACAGAUAAUAUUCACUAUUCGGGCGAUGUUCUAAUAGAAUACUCAACAAAAGUUAAACCGAUUGUUGAGAUAAUUGAAAAUAAGACAUUGCCUAAUCUCACAAUAAAAAUUACUUCCAACAAAAAAACACCAAAACACGACAGGCCGUAUAUAUGA